AUGGCGGGGGGAGGGUUCUGGAAUACCUGGAUUUGCACUUCUGCCUUAACGACUUCCACUUCAGAUGUCCUUGUUUGCCCACUCCGGCCCGUGGAGCGUUUCCGCGAUCUGCGUCCUGAAGAAGUGGCUGAUUUAUUUCAAACGACACAAAUGGUUGGAAAUGUGGUGGAGAAACAUUUCUGUGGCACUUCACUCACCAUUUCGAUUCAGGAUGGUCCUGAAGCUGGGCAAACUGUGAAGCACGUUCAUGUCCAUGUACUUCCAAGGAAGGUUGGAGACUUCAGCAGAAAUGACAGUGUCUAUGAUGAGCUGGAGCGUCACGACAAAGGAGAAGAGGACACCCCUGUGAAGUGGAGGUCUGAGGAUGAAAUGGCAGCCGAAGCAGCAAGCCUGAGGAAAUAUUUUCAGUGAAAUCCAAGGUGAGACAAUCUGGAACAAAUCCUGGAGCAUAAGAAAACCAAAAAAGGGACUAAUUC